CAUCGCCCUCCACCCAAAACCACAACUUGCGCGAACUUGACCUCUACGCCAGCCACAAUUCAUACGGCCCUAACCCUACGAGUUUGAUACACAACAAGCACAUAGUCAUCAUGGAGUCACCGGAUACUUUCACACUCCUACCUCUCGAGAUGGACCCCAAUACCACUGAGAUCACCGCAUCCCAGAGCCUUAGCAACGCCCUCGAGACCGAGCUAGCCGCUCUGAACAAUCUGCACAGAAACCUGCUUCAAGUCGAGACACCCACAGGCACGCCCCCACCACCUGUUCCCGUCAACCCCAAGCGUUCCGCUCAAAUCAAUAAGCUGCGCGAGUCGGGCAACGCCGAAUUCAGGAAAGGAAAGCCCGAGGAGGCAGGCAAGCUCUAUACUCUCGCGGUCGAUAUGGCGCUCGCUCGCCCGGCAUGGGAACCCUCAGGUCUGGUGAGAGAAGAGGUCUCCGGGCUGCUGAGCAACCGCGCACAGGCAAAUAUGGCACUUAAGAACUGGGCAGAGGGCGCCGUGGACGCAGAGGCUAGCGUGGAGAUGAAGAAGGUCGGCAAUGCAAAGGCCUGGUGGAGGCGGGGCAAGUGUCUGCUCGAGAUGGGCAGAUUGGACGAAGCGGCGCAAUGGGUCAAGCAGGGCCUGGAAUUCGAGGCUACCGAGCAAGAUCUCGUGAACCUGAAGGACGAAAUUGAGAGGAAGCAGAGAGGUGAAUCUUAGGGUGUUCUCGGUAGGAGACUGUAAUGCGCAUCACCCAUGUUUGGGUUUACAGCCUCAUCGCUUUUGGUAUUUGGAUUAGAUGAGGGUGGGGGAGACGUGGUCAACUGAUGAGACGAGGGCUCACCUUGAGCAUCUCAAUGACGCAUGGAGAGACUUCGUGCAUUUUGGCCCCUUUGCACUGAGCGCAGAGGGAAUGGGCAUUGGCAAGGCGUUUGGCGCUGGAGGUCGUAUACCAGGAUUACAGAGCAUCCGAGUCUUUAAGGCUUUGGGGGGUAUUCAUAGAGACUCCAAUCAGAAGCAAAUCUCUACAACCUGUAUCAUCUCUUGUAGAUCGCAAAACCGCACUGGCUGCGUAGGAUCAAGGGGUAUAUACGAACAUGGAUGGACUCGUAUCUGACGUGUGGAUGUGGGUGAGAGCGACGCCGAAUUAGUCCCAGGCUUCUGCACUGCUGCCACGCGUC